AUGGCGGUCGAAAAGAACAACAUCACCUACAGCCAGUUUGCCUGCAUAGGCACCGGCUUCUCGGGUAUCGGCCUUGGCGCGACCCUAAAGCGAUGGUACAACAUCACCGACGUCGUGCUCUUUGAGCGCGAGAGCAAGCUGGGCGGCACAUGGCACAUUAACCAGUACCCAGGAUGCGCCUGCGACGUUCCAUCCCCGCUGUACAGCUUCUCCUUUGCCCCCAACGGCGACUGGAAGAAGCUCUUCAACGCCCAGACCGACAUUCUCGACUACCUGACCAAGAUCUCCGAGGACUAUGGCCUGCUCUCCAAGAUGCGCUUCAACUCGACCGUCGAGCGCUGCGAGUGGAACGAGGCCCGGGCGCGCUGGCGGAUGGAUAUCCGCGACAGCACCACCGGCACCGUCUCCUACCACGAGUGCAAGUUCCUCUUCAGCGGCGUCGGCCAGCUGAUCCAGCCGCGCGUGCCCAACUUCCCCGGCGCGCAGAGCUUCAAGGGCGACAUGUUCCACGCGGCCCGCUGGAACCACGACGUGUCGCUCAAGGGCAAGAACGUCGUCGUCGUCGGCAACGGCUGCACGGCCGACCAGAUCGUCCCGGCCAUCGUCAAGGAGACCAAGUCGCUCACCCAGAUCGUGCGCUCCAAGCACUGGAUCGUCAAGCCGCCGCUGAUGCCCAACUUUCGCCUCAUGAGCUUCCUCUUCAAGCGCGUGCCGGGCCUGCUCAACCUGAUGCGCCUGGCCAUCUGGCUGGCCCUGGAGAACUCGUGGCGCGCCUUCUACCUGACCAGGACCGCGGCGAGUCUGCGCAAGGCAAAGGAGGCCACGACGCGCGCCUACAUGAAGGAGCUCGCCCCGGAGAAGUACCACGACUUGCUCAUCCCGGACUUUCCGAUCGGCUGCAAGCGACGCAUCUUCAACCCCGGCUACCUCGAGUCCCUGAACGAGGAGAACCUCACGCUCACGGACAGCCCCAUCCUCGAGCUCCUCCCGGAAGGGGUCCGCACAAAGGACGGCGUCAUCAAGGCGGACGUUAUCGCGCUCGCCACGGGGUACACGACAAACAGCUUCCUGCCUCGUAUCGAGGUCGUCGGCAGAAACGGCGAGACGGCGGAGGAGCAUUGGAAAAAGACCGACGGCGCCGCAGCCUACAACGCCGUUUUACUAAGCGGGUUCCCCAACUUUUUCAUGAUUCUCGGCCCAAAUACCGUCACUGGCCACACCUCGACCGUCUUUGCCAUCGAGAACGCCAUCAACUACUCGCUGCGCAUCAUCAAGCCGGUGUUGGAUGGUGAGGCCGUCUCGAUCGACUGCUUCCAGGAAGCCGAGGACCGAUGGGAUCAGAAAAUGCAAGACGGCCUGAAAAAUACCGUUUGGGCUGAUGGCAUCUGCAACAACUGGUACUCUCGCAACGCCGAAGGAAAGCAGGCUCGCAACUCGUCGACAUAUCCCUUUACGCAAGCCCACUACUGGUACAAGUGCCUGUUUCCAGUCUAUGAAGACCUAAAAUAUACUCCUACGCUAGACCGCCGGACAAAGAGACUCGGCCGCUACAUCAAGAUUGCAGCCUUUGCGUUUGCCCUCUUCUUGUCCGUCAAGGCCGUGCGUGCCGUAAGGGAAGAAGGCCUCAAGAAUAUGGUCCAAAGCUACGCGAUCCAAGCCUUUGUCAAGUUCCAUAUGCUUCGCAUGCGCGUUCGAGAAGCCAUCGGAUCGAAAUAG